AUGAGAAAAGUAAAGGAUAAUCACAAUGGGCUGUCCAACAUUGCCUUACUCCACAAAACAGGUUUUAAUGUUCCACAUGGCAAGGGCACUGAAGAGCUAGAAGUACGAAUUCUGGUGCAGGCUCGACCAGGCCAAGAUAUCAGACCUAUAGGACAUGACAUUAAAAGAGGUGAAUGUGUGCUGGCUAAGGGAACCCAUAUGGGUCCAUCGGAGAUUGGUCUCUUAGCAACUGUUGGGGUAACAGAAGUAGAAGUUAACAAAUUUCCAGUCGUUGCAGUCAUGUCAACAGGGAAUGAGUUGUUGAAUCCAGAGGAUGACCUCUUACCAGGAAAGAUCCGAGACAGUAACCGUUCAACUCUCCUAGCUACAAUUCAAGAACAUGGCUACCCAACAAUCAACUUGGGAAUUGUGGGAGAUAAGAAGCCAGAUGCUUUUAAAGAAGAAGGGACACAGAGCUUCCAGAACACAGCGGAGACAGGCCUUCCAGAUUGCCCAGAUGAUUUACUGAAUGCACUGAAUGAGGGUAUCAGCCGUGCAGACGUUAUCAUCACAUCAGGAGGCGUGUCCAUGGGUGAAAAGGACUAUCUUAAACAGGUGCUGGACAUUGACCUUCAUGCACAGAUUCACUUUGGCAGAGUUUUUAUGAAACCAGGCCUGCCAACAACAUUUGCAACUUUGGAUAUUGAUGGUGUACGAAAAAUAAUCUUUGCACUGCCAGGAAAUCCUGUAUCAGCUGUUGUCACCUGCAAUCUCUUUGUUGUCCCAGCAUUGAGGAAAAUGCAAGGCAUCCUGGAUCCUCGGCCCACCAUUAUCAAAGCCAGGUUAUCAUGUGAUGUAAAAUUGGAUCCUCGCCCAGAAUACCAUCGGUGCAUACUGACUUGGCAUCACCAAGAACCACUGCCUUGGGCACAGAGUACAGGAAAUCAGAUGAGCAGUCGUCUGAUGAGUAUGCGUAGUGCCAAUGGACUGUUGAUGCUACCUCCAAAGACAGAGCAGUAUGUGGAGCUUCACAAGGGCGAGGUGGUGGAUGUCAUGGUCAUCGGAAGGCUAUGAUGUCACCAGCAAGAGUGAAGCUUUGAUGCAUGUCCACAUAUCAUUGACUGUAUCCUGUAAUAUGCAACGGCACAGCUAGUUUUUCUGAACUGGAUAAAAGUUGAUCAGUAUAGUCAACAUCUUGAACUAUAUUUCAAAUGGAAUUUAAAUAAAUACCUUUUAAAAAAAACUUUAAAAUAACAAAUCUUAACAAAGAAAUUUAUUCUGAUUAUAUCAAAGCAACUUUUUCCUUUCUUGCAAUUGCUUUGUGUGUUCAAUGCUAGUUCUGAUAGCAGUAGCUUUUAGUAGACAGCAGUAGGUGCCUGCAGAACUUGUGUUUUUUCUCAUCUUUAAGAUACAACUACUUAUGCUCUUAAAACAAGGCUGUCUGCUUAUUUAUACUAGCGUAGACAACACUUGGAUUUCCCUUAUUAGUAUGCUUCAUAAGUGCUUCACAGAGAGCUUCUGCUUGUUCUUUAUCUUGUAUCUCGUGUUGAUGUGCACAGUGCCAAAAGCAGAGUGGCUGCACUGGGAACCCGAUCAAGCCCCGAGGUUUCCCCCCUCGCUGCGCGUUCAGGGAUAUCUCUUGGCCCAGCAGCCACCCGGCUCAGUACUCUUGGGCAGUAACUGGAUACCUUUUAUUUGAACAAACAAAAAAAAUUGCUUCCUUAAGUGCUGACAGCCUUUUUAACCAAUACAUUUAAAGAUGUACAGAACUAAAACCUAAAAAAAAAAAAUCAAAGACUGAUCUUGUACAGAUAUUAAUGUUACCAGCAUUCAUGUGGAAAUCAAAUGAGCGAAGAAAUAAAACUAAUGUUAAACAACUCUGUACCAUAACAUUUUCUGUAAUGAUAUUGAAACUUAAAUGAAUAAAAAAAAUUCCUUGAUCAUUAUUUAAAA